AUGCCUGGCUAUCCGACGACAGUCAGCGUGAUCAGGGCGCUUGCUGGAACAAUGUCGAUGGUGAUAAAAACGUCAGUUCAAAGUUGGAGUGGAGGCCUAUACGGGUUGACCGAACAACGACUAACGAGACACCCACAGUGGGGUAUGGCAUCUCGAGGCACGGCAACGACGCUCUGUUCUUUAAACUUCUUUCCAUCAGCCUAUAUGCUCCAGGCAUGUGUUUUGCUCCUUCUUCCUCGUUCUCCCAACACACCCCUUACCCUUCGCAUAAGCGGAAUCAUCGUAAUUCGCUCGACGCAGGAAUUCAUCGGUUCUCAUAAGAGUCAGAGCACACCGCGGUCGGUAUCCAAAGCCGCCAUUGCCGCUGCGUCUUCCUCCCCAGCCGCAGACGAACACCUCGCGAAGAACCUCCGCAAGUUCGCUUCUGCCCAUACGGCGUUGUUGGGCUGGGCUGGUUUCCAGGCGUUGCAACUCAAACGUGUCCCGGCUAAUAUUAGGCAAAACGCAUUGCUCAUUGACUUGAGCUACCAUCCUCACACUGAGUCGCAUCGUCGGUAA